CAAGAAAUAUCACACACUUAUUCAAGCUCUCUCUCCUCUCUCCUCUCUCUCUCUAUCUCUUAAUCGCGAAGAGAAAUGAUUUUCUCUCUCUAGGGUUUGUUGGAAUCAAAGGCGAAAGCGGGAGAUCCAGGUUUUGAGUGGUUUGAUUAAUAAGCCUUGAUUACUCUCUCUCUCUAGGGUUUAUGUUUUGUAUUCAGUCGCAUUGUGUUCGUGUCGGUUGGUUUAUUUCUAGCUUCGAUUUCGAUCUAUCUAGGGUUUCCGAUUCUUGAGGGGUUUUUUGCUCAAAGGAGGUUGUUAGGGUUCUUUUGAGUACGUAUUUUGUUUUGUUAAACAAAUAAAGCUUUUUAAUAUCUGAAAAUUCACUUUUUGUUUGAAUUUCGGAGCGAUAGAGAGAGAGGGGUUUUAGUGUUUUUUUCCUAUAAAUGAAUCAGAUCAGUGUUGGUUUAGAGAUCGUUUAUUCAAGAUUUGCUUCAGAUGAAUUUGGGUUUAAAGACAUGCAAUUGGUAUAUAAUCUUAUGAUGAUCUGAUAUUGCUGCUCACAGAUGAAGGAGAACUAUCGUAGUGGAAGUUCUGAAACUUUUGCGAGAAAAGGAAAUUAACAAGAUUAUUGGAAGUUUAUCUUAUGGCACCUACUGUUCCUAUAGAGUUUAUUGGACAGAAGGAAUUGAAAACGUGUUGGCUUUCACAACCAAUGGGGAAAUCAAGGAAGUUCUCUAAAGGGCACUCCUCUGGAUUUGUUCCAGAUUACCGGCAUGCUGCUGAGACCAUGGCUGAAUCAGAAGGGUUUGGGAGCUCUGGACGUGUUGACACCGAGAUGACAGCAUCAGGAGAUUCCUUUGCUCCCAAGAGGAAGUGCAUUAGUUUGAAUGUGGACGGGUAUGAUACAUUUGGUGUACCAUCACAAAUCCUGUCAUUGUCUAAGAUGUCAAGACCGGAGAGGAAGGAUUUGGAAAUUAGGUUGAAAAAUGACCUUGAACAAGUCAGAAUCCUCCAUAGGAAAGUGGCUUCUUUGAGUUCAAAUACAGUUCUGUUAUCGCCCUCUAGUGAUACUCGGAGUUGCAGUGAUGGCCAAAAGAGGCUUCCUCUAGAAGGUGUCCACAGGUCAUUUGAAGUAUCAGCUCCCAAGAGUAAGAAACGGGCUCCUCCAGGUCGAAAUGGGGCUCGAUCAAAAAAGGGUACAUCAGGGCGUUUUGAGCCAGUGAAGUCAGCUGCUCCACUUGGUAUAACUAAUGCUAUGUUGAUGAAACAGUGUGAAACAUUACUAAAUCGUUUGAUGACACAUCAGUUUGGUUGGAUUUUCAAUACUCCUGUUGAUGUGGUGAAAAUGAACAUACCAGACUACUUCACUAUCAUUAAACACCCAAUGGAUUUGGGUACAGUGAAGAGCAGGAUUAUUUCUGGUGAAUAUUCAAGUCCAUUGGGAUUUGCUGCAGAUGUGCGACUUACUUUCGCAAAUGCAAUGAAGUAUAACCCCCCUGGAAAUGAUUUCCAUUUCAUGGCCGAGACCCUUAGUAAAUUCUUUGAAGUUAGAUGGAAAGUUAUUGAGAAGAAGAUUCCUGUUACCGCUGAUGUAGAACCAGUGCCAUCAAGAGCUGAUGUGCGUAUGGAAAUGGAAACAACUGCUCAUAUAGAAAAGGAAACCACUACUGAUACUCCACCUUUGAAAAAGAAAAAAAUUACACCGAGUGACAAUAAGGUCAAACCAGGGCCCAUCAGGAAAGUCAUGACCAAUGAGGAGAGACAGAAGUUGAGCAUGGAGUUGGAGGCAUUGCUCGCUGAAUUGCCUGAAAACAUUAUUGAAUUCCUAAAAGAGCAUAGUGGAAAUGCUGGCCAGACUGGCGAGGAUGAGAUUGAGAUUGAUAUUGAUGCUCUCGGUGAUGAUAUAUUGUUCAACUUACGGAAACUCUUAGAUAACUAUUUACUGGAGAAACAGAAAAACCAAUCAAAAGUUGAACCAUGUGAAAUGGAGAUUAUUAACGAGUCAGGGAUUAGCAAUUCAUCAUUGCAACCAUGCAAAGGCAAUGAUACCGCUGAAGAAGAUAUAGAUAUUGUUGGUGGGAAUGAUCCUCCUAUUUCAAGCUACCCUCCAGUAAAGAUAGAAAAAGAGGCGGCUCAUAAAAACAGUAAAUGUAGCAGUCGAAGUAGCUCCAAUAGUGAAUCGGGCUCAUCUUCAAGUGAUUCAGAUUCUGGCAGUGAAUCUGGUAGUGAAUCUGAUGCAGUUAAAGCGUCUGGUCCCAUUAAUGCUACUGAGGAAAAAAUGGAACCUGGAGAAAAUGUAGUCCAAAAGAGAAGUCAUCUUGGUGAUCCAGCUGUCAGAAAUCAAUCUGUUGAUGGGCUGGCCCAAGUUGAGCUGGAUACUGAGGGUAAGCCAGUUGCAGCCGAGGCAGAUGGCCACCAAGAGGGGGAGAGUGCUCCACCUGAGAGGCAAGUCUCUCCUGAAAAGCUCUAUCGUGCAGCUUUGUUGAGGAACCGUUUUGCUGACACCAUACUUAAAGCUCGAGAAAAGGCGCUUGAAAAGGGUGAAAAGCGUGAUCCUGAGAAAUUGCGGAAGGAGAAGGAGGAAUUUGAAAGAAGGCAAAAGGAAGAAAAAGCUCGGUUACAGGCAGAAGCUAAGGCUGCUGAAGAGGCUCGGAGGAAAGCUGAAGCUGAAGCUGCCGCCGAAGCCAAAAGGCAGAGGGAACUGGAAAGGGAAGCUGCACGUCAGGCAUUGAUACAGAUGGAAAAGACUGUUGAUAUCAAUGAGAACUGUCAGUUUAUGGAAGACUUAGAAAUGCUUAGGAUUGCCCAUCAUGAUGAACAGCUUCCAAGUUUCAUAGAGGAAACAAGCCCUGAUCAUUCUCAAAAUGGGCUGGGUAGUUUCAAGCUUCAGGGUAGCAACCCACUAGAGCAACUAGGAUUAUACAUGAAGGAAGAUGACGAAGACGAAGAGGAAGUAGUUGAACAACCCUCUAGUGUUCCAGAUCUAACGAAAGAUGUUGAGGAGGGAGAAAUUGAUUGAUUAGGUUCUUGCUUUGAUUAUUGUGCCAGUCAAGAAUUUUAUAAAAUUGUGGUCCUAAGAGCUACGGGCAUGCAUAAUCGUCUGUCCCCUAUGCAAUAUAGCAGACAAGCACACAGACCUAUGACGGAUUGAGUCUCAACUCUCCAUUGGUGGUAAACCAACUGAAAAGGACAAGCCUCGGGCUAUCAGGGGGGAAACAUCAGCAAAUGGUAGUAUUGGGUUUUUGUUUUCCUGACCUCGGUUCUUAUUCUUGGUCAGGAGGGCGGCUUAAGAGCUCGUAAACCACCAAUUUGUUUUGGCUAGAAUAUGGUGACUUUUGUGAAUUGCCAGAGAAAGAGGUGUUUGGGGUUGGGGUUUUGUUUAUUAUAGUUUUUUUUUUUGUAAAAAGGAAAUUCUAGUUUUGUAUGGGUUAGUGCGCACUUGGGGUCACAUUAAGAAGGUUUAGGGAGCAGGAAAGGUAACCUAGAGGAGGAGUUGUAAUAUGUAUAGUUAAAAGAAAGCUGAGGCAAUUGGAAAUGGCAUUCACUUCACUUUCUUUUA